CCAGGGGGGCCUUAGCUCUGGGGGCCGCCGCGCCAGGAAGAGCUUGACGGAAACGGCGGCGGCAGGGGGCGCGGACCCGGGCGCCGCAGGGAGGGCAGGCGGGGAGGGCAGGCGGGGGCCCCCAGGGCCCGGAGGCCCGCAGCCCGCGCAGCGACCGCCGCCUGCCAGCCAGCCAGCCAGCCAGCCAGCCGCGUGCGCGCGCGGCGGCAUCAGCUGAGCGCGCGGCGCGUGUCACGUGGUGCGCGUGUCGAAGGUCACGGCGCGCUCACAAUGGAGCUCUCGGAGUAUGUGCAGAAAGGCUUCCAGAGGCUGGCCGAUCCCUGCUCCUUCGACUCCAAAGCCUUCACGCUUCUCCUCCGGGCGGCUUUCCAGAGCCUGCUGGACGCCCAGGCGGAUGAGGCCGUGUUAGAUCACCCUGACUUGAAGCAUAUCGACCCAGUGGUUUUAAAACAUUGUCAUGCAGCAGCUGCGACUUACAUACUGGAGGCAGGAAAGCAGAGAGCUGACAAAUCAACUCUGAGCACAUUUUUAGAAGAUUGUAAAUUUGAUAGAGAACGGAUAGAACUGUUUUGCACGGAAUAUCAGAGUAAUAAGAAUUCCCUAGAAAUCCUACUGGGAAGUAUAGGCAGAUCCCUCCCUCAUAUAACUGAUGUUUCUUGGCGUUUGGAAUAUCAGAUAAAGACCAAUCAACUUCAUAAGAUGCACAAACCUGCAUAUUUGGUGACCUUAAAUGUAGAGAACACUGAUUCCCAUUCACAACCAGAGAUUAGUUUUAGUUGCACCAUGGAACAAUUACAGGACUUAGUGGGGAAACUUAAAGAUGCGUCGAAAAGCCUGGAAAGAGCAACUCAGUUGUAACCUGGGGAAGUGAAGGAACCGCCGGUCUGCAGGGAGGACAGAAAAAGCCCUGCAGAGACGCCGCUAAAGCAUCCUUGGAGUUGGACACCCAUCUGUUCAGUGGAAAUGUUUUGUUUUUCCCCCUUUUGAAUUUAUGCCACUCAUCGAUUCUGACACUUUAUUAUUAUUUUUUACUCUUGUUGAAUGGUGAAGAGGGAAAUUCAGCCUAAGCACUGGAAUUAUCUUUAGUAUUAACGGUACCUCCAGCCCACUUUGAUGUUUUUCAAGUCAGACAAAAGGAAGUAGACAGUGUAACACUCUGAAUAAACGAUUGUUUCCACCAAA